AUGCGAAUUGAAUAGAGAAAUCACAAGUUCUCUCUCGGUCUCUCUGCGUCAGACUCCACGAGGAUACACUACAGAGAGUAACAGAGCUGACUAUUUGGGGAAAUUUAAUUCAGUGGAUAUCAGACGUUACAGGUUUCAUCUUACCAUGAGGCUGCUUCACGUUUCUCUCCUCUGUUGCUGCUUCGUCCACGCAGCUUUCGUGAACGUGGAAGCCAAGUUGGAUGUGGCCACGGAAUUUAGGAAAAGGUUGAACGCUUGGGCUUUAAGCAGAACCAAGCGAGAUUUGAAAACUGCUUCGAAAUCAAAGACUCAGGUUGUGUCGGGCGGUCGCCUGUUUGUCAGGACAGAGGAUGUGAAGGGAAACCUCAACGUCCACUCCAGUUCGGACACGCAUAUCCGCACGAAGCGCUAUCUGCACGGAUUGCCGCACUUCCCACAGUUCCAUCUUAACCGACCGAGCUGCCAACUCGGGACGUGCCAGGUCCAGAAACUCAGCCAUCGGCUCAAUCAGCUCCUCAACAACCCGUUGAAAGACGACGUGGCUCGGUGGAGCACAUGGAGCCCCAACAGCUACGGCAGGAAACGCCGAUCCCUGCGAACCAGGAUAGCAGCCAAACUGCCUCGACCACAGAAGACGCUCACAAGGACGUGAGAGUCCUGAGGACACACUCGCACACACACAGAGACACGCACAUGACUGCAAACCUCCCCAGUCACUGCCUACCCAGAGAGACUUCAAUUGGACGCACGAAGACUGUUGGCAAACUUAAAAUGCACCAACCAGGCUCCUGAAUUGCGACUUCUAAAGCUACCAAAACUGCCAGCAAUAUUUCUUUGCACAAACCAGCUUCCUUGUGCGAACUGCGUGGAGAAUGGGCGCCACCUUUCACAGAAUGCCUUUGGAAUUAAGGAUCCAUCCCCUACAUAAGCACCACAACCCACCCACUAUCUACAGACUGCAUUUGAACUGUUUUUUUUUCUGUGUUUGGAUUACAGGGAGUCUAAAAUCCUGACAGUCCAGAAAGGAUUGCAUCAUACUUGAACGUUACUUCUAUACAGAAAGUGCAAUCGACGUUUUAAUGUAUGAAUGACAUUGUAUAUAAAUUGUUUAAACUAUUUAAAUGUAACACUCCCCCCCACCCCAUAACUUUACAUCUGGAAAUAGAAUUAUUUUUAUACUGAUAUAAAUGUAUAAGGGCAUUGUAGCAGCAACAAACAGAACAGAACGGUGUGUAUGUUAUCAUAAAAGUGCCAAAUGUUCACUGUAUAGUCACUCGACUCUUUUUGUACAUUCCAGACUUGCAAUGGCUGUAUAUGUAGUACAAUCUAUUUUCGUCAAUUGUUAAAUAUAAUAAACAUUUGUGUAC